AUGGCCACAACAGGUUCUAAUUCCAAUGAAUGGAUGGAAAUUGCAUUUGAACUGGCAAAUGAAGCAUUGGUCGCUGGCGAAGUCCCAGUUGGAUGUGUCUUGGUAUUUGGUAAUAAAAUAAUUGGUAAAGGGCGUAAUGAGGUCAAUGAGGUUAAAAAUGCAACAAGACAUGCUGAGAUGGUUGCAAUAGAAGAGGCCUAUAAGUGGUGUGAGAAUAAUCAAGUGCGUCCCAGUGUGGCAUUUUCGAAUUCACAACUAUUAGUAACGGUCGAACCUUGUAUCAUGUGCUCCAUGGCUUUAAGAUAUUUGCAUUCGGAGGCUGUGGGUCUGUAUUACAAAUUCAUACUGAUCACUUUUCGUCUCCUGAUUGCAGACCAGACUGUACCUGGACUAGAAGCAGAAAGAGCUGUGACGUUAUUAAAAAAAUUUUAUUUAGGGCAGAAUCCAAACGGUUAG